AUGAAUCGGAUAUUGUCCAAAGGCCCCAAGGGCCUUAGCGGACUGUUGCGCGCAUGUCCGUCUAAUUCGGGCCGUUCGUUCCUCUGCCGCUCAACUUACAAUGUCAACAGUCGAACCUUCUGGUCCGCACCUCGCCUUCGCUCCGAGGACUCACCCUCCAGCAGUCAGCCAUUGAAGCCUGAUCCAAAUGACGGAAAUGGAAAUGCUCACCGAACUACCUCUACCGCGUCAUCUCAACAUACACCCUGGUAUCUUCAGGAAGAGACGCCGAUCGACGAGUCGCGCCAAAUUUCCUCUCGAGACCAGAUCCCGGAGCUCCCUGAAAAUCCACCAGCCAUUCUGCCUGCUCUCCUCGAUUACGUUUUCAAAGAUCUUGGCUUGGAUGAACUGAGAUUACUUGACCUUAGAGGUCUCGAGACACCCCCGCCCAUUGGCGCCAAUGCCAUCAUGAUUAUUGGCACCGCUCGUAGUGUGAAGCAUCUAAAUGUUUCCGCCGAUCGUCUUUGUCGCUGGUUGAGAAGCACCUACAAGCUCACACCUUAUGCGGAUGGACUGCUGGGUCGGAACGAACUCAAAAUCAAACUUCGCCGUAAGGCUCGACGCGCCAGGGUCGCUAGUCGUGCUGGAACAACGGUCGACGAGAAGGAUGACGGUAUCACUACCGGCUGGAUCUGUGUAAACGCAGGCAUCGUUGAAAACCCUCCGGUCGAGGAACAGGCAUCUCGGAAAGUCGAGGGGUUUGGUAAAAUCGUGGGGGGCACUCGAGUUGUAGUGCAGAUGUUCACGGAAGAGAAGAGGGCCGAAGUCGACCUUGAGGGCCUUUGGCUAGCUACCAUUGAACGCGAUAGACGGCGGAAACAGGUUUCGAUAGACACCAAAUCAGACGCGCCUCAUGAAGAGGUUCGUGCUUCUACACCAGUCAAAAAUUCAUCCUCUGACCAUGUUUUCGGACUCCACUCCAGGUCUUCGGCGAGCCUUCCUCUGGAACAAAGAAGGGGUCUACACAGCAAAUGUCGGCUCCUCAGUCCUCAAACUGAAGACAACCAAGACGACAGCUUGGACGACGGCUUGGAUGUGUCUCCAGAUUCAAUCUCCACUCGAACUGACCAACUUGCCGCCAACCGUAUUUGUGAUAAAGAAGUUGCUACUGAUUCAUUGCUUGAACGCCUGUCUGCACUACCUGAUGACCAAGCCCUGAGUGAACUAGGAGAUGGACAGGAAGAUAGGGACUCGACUCCCUUUCUCCGCCGGUUUUACGAAGCUCUUUCACAAAUGUCAGCCGAAGAAGCAGCAGUGGCCCGGGUGAAGUUGUUAUGCACGGCCAUCUCUCGGCACCAUCAGGGGUACAGCAAGGAAAGCCUUUGGAAAGCUUUCACGACUUGUAACUACCACACCUAUUUUAUAUCCGACGAACUGGGCAUCGCAAUCGUUUCAGCCAUGUUAACGGCAGUACCGGCCCACGAGGAAGGUCCUAAGGCUACUGGGGUGUUGCCAGAAGCCGACAGAGAACUCGCUCUUCGCGUCCUGGAACAUCUUUCUCUGCGCGGGACUGAUGUCCUUAAUAUGAAAGUGUUCCAUUUGUUAUACAAAGCAGCCGGUCAUCCGACAAAUAUUUCUGGUGAAGAAGUCAUUGAAGAUGUAACAGGUACCACCAAAGAUCGACCUACAUCGCGCAUAGCGAAGUUGAUUGAAACCCUCGACAUCCAGUUUGACCCAGAGGAGGCCCGCAAGCUUAUGAUGUCUAUGUUUCGCAACGAAGACUACGACGAGUUUUGGAAAUUAUGGCGCAAGCUUCCCCUGAAUGGCAGCCCGCGUACCUCUGCAGACUAUGAGAUGCUUUUCCGGCUGCAUGCAGAGUUAGGGGACGAGCUUCGCGCCAGAGACUGUGUAUCCACCUGGGUGCCCAUGAUGAGUCGUGAACAUCCCCCGAUUCCACUCAGGGGACAAGUAAUGCAGGAUAUUAUGUACUGUAUCCUGAUUGCAGAGCCGGCCAUUGACCGGAUGGCAACAGAAGGGUCAACGAGUAACCUGGCACUGAUCUGGAACGACUGUAAGGACAAUGCACCGGCGAGA